CACAUACAGCCCAUUAAGACUUGCGUCUUCGCGGUUGUCGCGGAGAGAGAUAAUGGCUUUUGUGGGACAGCAAUCUUGGGACAUCGGCAGAUUUGUCAAGACUUUGUACUUCUUCAACGGGCCUCCAAACCCUCUCAUGGGGAUAAACAUCCGCCGUGAGGAUAAUCGGACGGCAUCGGAUAGAGGGGAGAGAGAUUACACUAUAGAUUGAAGAGCCUUAGAAUAAUCCUUCUUUGCUUGAUUACAAUGGUAUGUGGCUGCACUUUUAUAUAGAGAGGGGAAAUUACAAUCCUAAAUCAAUUCUAACUCCUAACUUAUCUCUUGCCAAACUUAUCUCUAAGUAGUUCUAAUACAACCUGACUUUUAACUUAUCUUCUAACAAACUUAUCUCUAAACAAAUCAACUUGAAUCCUAACAUACCAAACUUAUCUCCUACUUAAAAAGGUAAGAUUUAUCUCUUGCUACUGCUAUGGUGAUCCUUGGGCCUACAUGAGCGGUCGGCUGGCCGCCAUGACAAUGUGUUGAUGCUUUUUAUUUGUAGAUUGUAGAAUCUAUCAUUAGCAGUUUCGCUAGCCCUGCUUCUAGUGAAGUGCCGAAGAAAAUGGAAACAUCUGAUGUGGUGCUGGUCACUGGAGCGAUCGGUGGUGUUGGGCGAUGGGUGGUCGAUAUCUUGCGUAAGAAGGGAUUGCCUGUUCGAGUAUUGGCUAGAAAUGAAGAUAAGGCAAGGAGCAUGUUGGGGCCGGACAUAGACUUGAUAAUAGGUGAUGUUACGAAGGAAGAUACACUUGAUCCUAAGCUCUUCAAAGGGAUCAAUAAAGUAGUCAAUGCAGUUUCUGUCAUAGUAGGGCCAAAGGAAGGUGAUACAUCAGACAGGCAGACGUAUAAACAAGGCAUCAAGUUUUUUGAACCUGAGAUCAAGGGACCUUCGCCUGAAAUGGUAGAGUAUGUCGGAAUGCAAAACUUGAUUAACGCCAUAAAGAAUAGUGUUGGACUGAGUGAAGGAAAAUUGCCUUUUGGGCUCAAAGGCAACUUAUCUGGAAAGAUCGUGUGGGGUGCACUUGAUGACGUUGUAAUGGGUGGCGUUAGUGAAAGUACAUUCCAAAUCCUACCAACAGGAAGUGAAACUGGUGGAACAACUGGAUUGUUCAAAGGUAUUGUUUCUACUUCAAAUAACGGUGGGUUUACUAGUAUAAGGACAAAGAAUUUUACUGUGCCAGAGGACCUCUCAGCAUAUGAUGGUAUUGAAUUACGAGUUAAAGGUGAUGGGCGACGGUAUAAACUCAUUAUACAGACUAGCGUUGAAUGGGACGCUGUUGGCUAUACGGCAAGCUUUGACACCACUAAGGGUGAAUGGCAAAGUCCUCGUACUAUGACUGAUGCUCCACCCUUCGAUGCAAGCAACAUCACUUCACUACAGCUUAUGUUUAGCAAGUUUGAAUACGACGGAAAGCUCAACCCAACAUUUAUUGAAGGUCCAUUCGAGCUUCCUUUUUCGAGUAUUAGAGCAUACAUAAACGAGCCAAUCACUCCAAGGUUUGUUCAUGUGAGUUCUGCAGGGGUUACAAGACCUGAAAGACUGGGGUUAGAUUUAAGCAAACAACCUCCUGCUGUCCGCUUGAACAAAGAGCUUGGCUCCAUUUUAACUUAUAAGUUGAAGGGAGAGGAUUUAAUUCGGGAAAAUGGUAUUCCCUACACUAUUGUGCGGCCAUGCGCAUUGACUGAGGAACCAGCUGGAGCCGAUCUCAUAUUCGACCAGGGGGAUAAUAUCACAGGAAAGAUAUCAAGGGAAGAAGUUGCCCGCAUUUGUGUAGCAGCUCUGGCAAGUCCAAAUGCAGUGGGGAAGACUUUCGAGGUCAAGAGCACUGUUCCAUUCAGCGAACCAUAUGUAAUCGAUCCUUCAAAUCCCCCUCCUGAAAAGGACUACAAAGUGUACUUCAAAGACCUCAAAGAAGGCAUCACGGGUAAAGAGGCACUAGAAGCAACGCCUGCUCAAGUCUGAAGAAUAUACUGAAUGAAGAAUGCCAUCUGCUUUGGUAAAUCCUGACAUGCCAUGGUGAUUUUAAUACCAAAGGGGAGAUCCUUUCUGAAAAUCGAUGGAAAUGCUUUCAAUAUGUAAUGUAAAAUGAGCAAGCAGUGGCUAUAUCCUCUGAAGUUUGCGUUAUCUUUUACCUUAUUAUGCACAUAUAUGAGGAGAAAUGAAGUCACAUAGAACUGCAGAUGAAAUCUGGAUGUAGAUCUAGGAUAUGAAAUCAGUAUAGAGCAGAUCAUAUGUCUGUAUUUUUCAUGAUUAUUAUUUUUUGCUCUUCUUUUGACUGGAUUUUGUGGUGUAUGUAGUGUACCUAGAUAGACCAUUUUGUAAAGUCAGAUAAAUCACCGGAGCCUAGAAAAGAUAGUUUUGCAAGUCCUAUUUA